AUGCAAAGUGCAUUCGACAAAUUUUCAGCAUGGGUCGUCUGGCAAUAUGCUGAUACAGCGGCUACUAUCACCCUUAGGAAUGGUGAACACUUGCAUUCAACACUAGGCAAUUACCUGAUUGCACUAACAACUGGCGUAAACGAUGAUCCUUCGAAGCUCAUCCUUCUUGAGUAUUAUCUCACUAAGGUGCAGUUCGAGUCAGUACAAAGGGAUAUGAGAAAAAAUGCCAUUGAUCGCAUUAUCCUUCACUUGAACAUCCCUUCCGGCUGUUUAAGAAUUCACUACCUACAAAUCGCAAACGAUAGGCCAGGCUUAACAACGGUAGCACCAGAAACAACCCAACUCCCGAAUCCCGAUAUUGAUUCGUUCAAACUAUCUCAUAUUCCCGAUAACGCACUUUACGCGAUCAGUGCCGCCCGCUGGCUACCCGGUGCUACAGCAGUGAACCUAUACGACAUUCGUGUACAAAAUGGUCAAACAAUUAGAGAAAUCGUACAACAAAGAUCAACCACAGAAAAGUGUUCUUUUGGCUCGUUAUUUGGAAGACCAUAUUAUUACAUCGAUGCAAAACCUGUAAACGGUAUGAUGCUGAAUGAGUUUGAAGACGUGCUGAAUGCGGACGAGAAAGAAUCGUCGCUAGGUCUAUUCCUCGUGCGGCAAGCUACUCUGCAGGAUAUCAAACGAUACGUGAAAAAGCAUUGCGUAGAAAGGUUGCAGGAUGUCACUCGCAGCACUUGGUUCCUAGUCAGCGAGUCCGUCCCUUUUGAAACUUGUUUCCAAUAUCACUCUACCGUACACGAGGUUGCGUACCUCGAGAACUAUUCCAUCGUGUAUUGGUUACGCAGCCAAGGGUCACCAACGUCGAUAGGUAAGUACUUCACUGUUGGUUUCAGAAAUGAAUAUGAUUCGAUACCUCCAGCACCGGGCUGGUUGAACGUUUUGGUAUCAAACGAAACCGAUGGUAGUAGUACUUACCUUCACCGGCUCGUCACAAGCAUCAAGAAAGCGGACCCAUUUCGAAUGAUCGCUUGUUUGCAGGCAAUUGAAAUGAUCGAAGUUUUACAACAACCCGAUACGGCUACGAUUGACCAAAUGCACUCCUUCUUUAACGCACAAACCGACUUGGAGCGGCUUUCCGUAUCUACAGGACAAUUGCUGCUUCUCGUGGACAACACGACGAUGGAUGCUAACCAGGAACUCGCUACGGAGGAGUUGAUAAAGUUUUUGAAUGCGGUCAAUAACAACCAAACGCAGCGCAUUACGGUUUGGGUUGUAGGGAAUAGUGCGAUGUGGACACGUUUUACAGCCGACUGUAAGCAUGCAGCCAUCAAGUAUGCCAUGCCUGAGUUGGAUGAAGAUCAAAGGAAAAGUUACAUAUCACGCAUAAUGUCAGUAACUAUCGACAGAGCCGAAGAGAUUUUAGAGAGCAUGAUCAGUAGUAACAAUCGUAACACCACACAGCACCUGUUCGGAAAUCUGUUCUUCUUAACCAUCCUUGCCGAAGCCUUUGAUGAUGUAACGCUUGAUGAUGUAAAAGGCACCACUUUAUCUUGCUGGUGGAUCGAUGCAAUGGAACAGUUUGUGUGGAAGCACAUUGCAACCGAAGGAAGCGUGGAGCUGAAGGAAGUAGAGUUACAAUGCUACCAGCGCACGUGCUCUAGUUUCAAUAAUUCUACCACGCGGCCUACGGCAGGCAAGCGAUCGUUACAUCGCACAGUGGCCACAUUUUUGGCAGCCAGAUAUCUGGCCCAGCAUCCUCAAGUGAUCGAUGUUGAUAAGUACCGUCAUCUGGGCAGGGAAUUGAUUGAUCUGCUUCUAUUCCGCCACAGUCCUCUUGCAAUCGCCGUAUUACAAAACGACGUCGAAUCAGUUCGUCAAAAACAACAAAACUUUCCGCAAGAACUAAUUACCACCACUGACUGCCUGCAGCGCAAUCUUUUGCAUAUCGUUCAUAGUGCCGUAGAAAUCGAAGAUAUACUGCUUUCAUCCGCCCUACCCAUGGAGCAGCAGUGUCCCCAGUUGAACAACUGGACACCGUUGCACGCGGCAAUUGAUCGCAUGGAUUGGACUUUCGUUGAUCGUCUCCUAGCAAAGGGUGCCACCAUUAACGACAGGACAUCGAAACUGCACACCAUGUCCGUUUCUGAGCUGGGGGACGUGUUUUGUGACUGUAUCGCAGCCAGCUGUACGACAUUGAUCGGGUGGAUUUUGGAACACCGUCCCGAUUACAACAUUACACAGCAAGACAUCUACACUCUGUCGGUGUACGAAGAGUUCGAUGAGCAGUUGCUCUUUUGUCUGCUAACGAUAGCGGAGAAGCAACGUUUGCCCGCACGCGAACAGCCUUAUCGGUUCAUCUGGGGUAACAGUGCGCUUGAUAAUGCCGUCGAAAAUGGGCACAUUGAAUUGGCCGCUUUUCUCGUGGAACGACUCUGUUUCGAGCCCACAGAUGAUUUUCGUGAUCUGCAAAUACGUCACCAAGAGCAACCGCAGCUGAAACAGUACGAUCAAUUGUUCGAUUUUUGCUCCAAAGGUGAUCUGCUCGCCGUAUGCCGUUUGAUGGAGCAACACUCGCUGGAUCCGCAGUACGAGUACAAGGACACGAAUCUGUUUAUUCAGGCUGUGUGCAGUGGGAGUCUGGAAUUGGUUCGACAUUUGUACGAGCGAUGCGGGUUCGAUAAACGGAUUGACGAUCGUGACCAAAACGGACAUACCGCGAUGCACGAAGCAUUGGCUGGAAAUCAUGAAACGAUUGUGCGGUUUUUAAUCGAGCAUGGUAGCAAUGUAAACAUUUCCAAAAUCCGAACUGAUCUAGACCUGCUCCCCAACGAUUGUGCGGACAUCGAUACAUCCGACUUUUUCACACUCAUCGGUUGCGGAUGGCAAAGGCUGGAACGUUUGAAAAUUGAUUACAAUCGAUUCAACGAUGGGGAACUUUUACUGCACUACUACAUCCGCUACAUGGACGAUCCUGAUGAAGCUACCUUUCGAUUUCUGCUGUCGCAGUAUACUGAUGUAGACGUUCGCGCCUCCACUACCGAGUUACGUUGCGGAGAAACCCCACUACAUCUGGCUCUGCAAUAUGGAAACAAAAUUUGCCGGAAGCUUCUCCUCGAUGCAGGUGCCGAUGUACGAGCGAAAUCACUCCGUCACGGGUUGACCUCGCUGCAUUUCGCCAUCAUGGGUCGUGCGGAGAGAUCGAUGAUCCAACGGUUGAUCGAGGAGUACGGAAUUGAGGUUAACACGCGUGACGAACGGGGACGUUCGAUAAGCUUCUACAUGCCGCUGGAUACGGAGCUUUACCGGUGGCUAGUGGAUCGGUAUCAGUUCGAUGCGAGUGCGCCUGACAAUGCCGGCAGAACUGUGCUACAUCAUUGGAUCAUCAAAAACAGCUUUUUUGUUCGCGCUCAGGUUGAAUAUCUGCUCCAAAUUCCACGGAUUUCCCAAGCACUUGCCGACAACCAUGGUCGAUUGGCUUUGCAUUACGCAGUCGAAGUAGGAAGCUUAGCACUUGCUCGUUUACUGUUGAAAUAUCGCCUUGAUUUGCUUCACAUUCCCGACAACGAAGGUCUGUCUGCCGUACAGCUGGCUCAAAAGUUAAAGCAUUCAAUCAUUUGUAAAUUCUUUCAAUCCAUCGCUAGGCAUAACUGA